AUGGGGAUUGUUCUUGAAAAUACUCAUUUGAAGUAUUCAUUGGGUGAGUUUUCAGGAAAUUUCCUUGUUAGCAAGGAACCUCCACAUCGUCCAAUUUUGCUCGACUUUGGGCUUACAAAGAUGCUAUCAAGCUCUAUGAAGCAAGCUUUAGCAAAAAUGUUUCUGGCAUCUGCUGAGGGGGACCAUGUGGCACUCCUGUCUGCAUUUGCAGAAAUGGGACUUAAGUUGCGUCUUGACAUACCGGAGCAAGCCAUGGAGGUAACAAAUGUGUUUUUCCGUACUUCAAUGCCCGCAAAGGAAGCACUUGAAAAUACAAAAUCUUUGGUUGAGCAAAGGACCAAAAACUUGAAAGCCCUACAGGGAAAGAUGAAGCUCAACCCAAAAGAAGUUAAACGUUUUAAUCCCGUUGAUGCUUUUCCCGGCGAUAUUGUGAUAUUUUCCCGGGUUGUUAAUCUGCUUAGAGGGCUUUCAUCCACAAUGAAUGUUCGCGUAGUUUAUUUAGAUAUCAUGAGACCAUUUGCGGAAUCUAUUUUAAAAGGUGACAUAAACAAAAGACCAGCAAUGAAUGCACAAUGGAUACACAACAUGCCUGUGCAUUCUGAUGUGGAGGCCAAGCUAAGGCAGCUCUUAGUUGAGUUGGGGAAUGCUGAGAAAAUACUUGGAAUUCAGGUACAUGCCCCAAUGAAAUCACGUAUACCAACCACCUUGCCACGAAGUUUAAAAAUUCCACCUGUCCUUUUGAACAGAAAUAAUUAG